AUGGCUGUCAUACUCGCUACAGUAGGCCUAUACGGGGGCCUGUCUGCCCCAGGCCGGUUGACUGGACCAAAAGCUGCUGCAAGCUAUGCCCCCCCGGCCACCGGUACUACGCAAGCCAUCAACACCCGCUAUAACGGAACAAAUGGACCACCAACGGCUCCCAACGUUGCAGCUCUCACCACUCGCCUUGCCCUCUUUGGAGUGGUUGGGGAUUCUCUACGCGCCCAGUGCAAGCCCGCUACUGCGCUGGGUUCCAGCACACUCGGGCUUGGUUCUAGCCGUUUCAGCGCAAAAUACACUGCUCUCGGCCUCGAUGUAACCAGCGGUUUCUAUCUCACCUGCGCGCUUCAGUUGGCCAAGGCUGUGUCCGAGUCCUCUCUUGACAUCAACAUCUUGGAGCUCUGCUGCAAGUCCGCCGGAUGGAUUUCGGCGAUCAUCUAUCAGCCAGAGGGCAGCACCCAAGGACAUUAUGAGGGUGGUGUCUUAUCUCCACCCGCGAAGCGUCGUGCAACCCGGGGCAAGGCGAGAUCAAGCAGGGCGAAGAGACCAGCCAAUAACCACGAUGAGGGCGAAGAAGACGGGGAAGAACAACCACCACGACGCCGACCACAGCCAGAGCCAAUCGACCCCACCAAGCCACCCAGGCGCUAUUUCGCAUGUCCCUUCUACAAGUACGAUCCCGUGAGACACUGGAGAUGCUACCGCAAGUACGAAUUCAAACGACCGUACGAUGUAACAACCCACCUUGAACGCCUGCAUGUCAUCAGCGAUUACUACUGUGCUAAGUGCUUCAAAGAAUUUGACGACGAACGGAGAUGGUGCGAGCACGACACCGGUGCUUGCCUGGAAAUCUCAGGUCCGGAGCGUCUCUGGAAGGAGGACGUUGAUGACCUCCUUGGAAUCCCGACUAGCCGUGGCACAUGUGAUGAGGACAAAUGGUACUGCCUAUGGGAUCGCGUUUUCCCAGGCGUGAACCGCCCCAGUUCGCCGUAUGUGAGUGAAGGCCUUGACGAGGCACUGGCCGUCGCGCGCGAGAAUGGCUGGCGCAGGCUGGAGAGAGCCCUGCCCGGCAUCCUGUCUGACAAUGGAUUCCCCAUCGAGGACGGGGAUUUGCACACCCUCCUGGGCGAUUUGGUCAACAUCUUGGUUCCCGAGACCACGGCCGCAAUGACGAUAACCCAGCCUUACCAGCGACCCUUUCACCGCCGCAUCCUCGACCGUUUCCAGAGCAGCUGA